AUGCAGGCUACUCUUGACGCGUCUGGUCUCAAACCUUUCACUCGUGCACUCGCGUGCUUAUCUCGCUACGGUGACGACUUGGCCAUAUAUGCCACUCGGGACGCGCUUUCCCUGUCUACCACCAACUCAUCUAAAUCUGCCUAUUCACGAUUCAAAUACACGCGUCAAUUCUUUUCUAAAUACUCGGUUGGAGAGCCAGAUGCGUGGUCUCGCGAUGCGGAGGACGAAUUUGCGGUCACUGGCCAGCUGUUGACCAAAUCUUUGCUUUCAAUUCUCAGACAGAGGACCACCGAAAAAUCGGUCGAGCGUUGUGAACUUUCAAUUGUUGAGGGAACCGCGGGUUCUGAUGCUCGUGUCGACGAUGAUCGAGACGGUCUAGAAAGUCGACUCAUCGUCCGAUUACACUGUAAACACGGCGAGUUGGCCACAGCCGUCAAAACCUUUAUAGCUCAUGUACCUACAGGUGUAAUCAAGACCCACAGACUAUUGCUCCUCAGUCUCACCUCCUUUUUGGCUCCUGGUGUACCGGACACGGACAACGAGUCGCACCUAGCCGUGGGGCCACGCGCUCUGAAGGACAUGAUUGAACAUUUCCCAGUCCCAAAAGGGACUCGUUCUGACCCACAGUUGAUUUGGAACUUUGGGGAGGCAGAAGUGGAAGUCAAGAGUUAUGAAUCGUCGUUGGAAACACGAGGGCGAUUGGAGCUCUCGACCGAGCUUAAAAUUAGCGCAGAGGAGUUCGACUUGUAUGACAUUUAUGUAGCACCCAUCACCAUCGCAUUCCACCUUCGUGAAUUCAAUGCCACGAUUGCUUUCGCAGAGUCGAUGUCACUUCCUCUGGGUCUACGUUUCACUGAUCCUGCCGCACCACUAUUCAUCGACGUAGAAGGCGAUAAUUCAGAGACGCUUUUCGUCAUUUCCACCAGUCAAGUCCCUGGAGCGCCAGCACCCACCCAGGCAUCCAUCAAUUCCAGAAAACGCAACAGAGAGGAAACUCCACGCGAAUCUACCCGAAUGCGCAAGUCUAUGAAGGCUGUUCAGAGAUCAGACGCCGCCUCGGUUGCUCAUUCAGAAGCAGACCGAGCUUCAAGGUCUCAAUCAACGACACGAACAGCGUUAUCAGCCUCUAUGCCUCCCCCACCGCCGCCUCAACCUUCCUUCGGGAAUAGAGACGGUGAUAUAGACAUGGAUGAACCAAGUGUCGUGGAAAGGGAGCCUUUGUUUUUACCUGCCUCCUCGCAAAUGUCACAGGCAGAACUAGAAGUGCUCAAAGAAACCGGGCUGGGUAUCGAGAAUAUGAGUGCUGCUGAACUUGAUAUGAUGCUCGGAGAAGAUGACCUAGAUACUAGUAGUAUUCAAGGCUCCCCCGAACCACCAGAUCGCCCGGAAAUGGAGUUUGCUGCGACGCAAUCGUCGGAUGACCGCUCCAGGUUCCAUCCUCUGUUCGAAGAUUGA